GACUCGCGGUUAUAUAGACCGGCGACGGAGCACGCGUGUGCGGACGCAGUUGCGUGAAGGGUUUUUUUUCCUCCCUCCGAGCUGUGGAGCAAAGCUUGUUCCUCUCCCGCUCAGCCGCGCAGGUUGAAUUGACCAAAGCAAUGGUUAUGGAGAAGCCUAGUCCCCUGCUGGUCGGGCGGGAAUUCGUGAGACAGUAUUACACACUGCUGAACCAGGCCCCAGACAUGCUACACAGAUUUUAUGGAAAGAACUCUUCUUAUGUCCAUGGGGGAUUGGAUUCAAAUGGAAAGCCAGCAGAUGCAGUCUAUGGACAGAAAGAAAUCCAUAGGAAAGUGAUGUCACAAAACUUCACCAAUUGCCACACUAAGAUUCGCCAUGUUGAUGCUCACGCCACUCUGAAUGAUGGUGUGGUGGUCCAGGUGAUGGGGUUGCUCUCCAAUAACAACCAGGCUUUGAGGAGAUUCAUGCAGACAUUUGUUCUUGCUCCUGAGGGCUCUGUUGCAAAUAAGUUCUACGUUCACAAUGAUAUCUUCAGAUACCAGGAUGAGGUCUUUGGUGGAUUUGUUACUGAGCCUCAGGAGGAAUCUGAGGAAGAAGUAGAGGAACCUGAAGAAAGACAGCAGACACCUGAGGUGGUACCUGAUGAUUCUGGAACUUUCUAUGAUCAGACUGUCAGCAAUGACUUGGAAGAACAUCUGGAGGAACCUGUUGUUGAACCAGAGCCUGAUCCUGAACCAGAACCAGAGCAAGAACCUGUAUCUGAAAUCCAAGAGGAAAAGUGUGAGCCAGUAUUGGAGGAAACUACUCCUGAGGAUGCCCAGAAGAGUUCUUCUCCAGCACCCACAGACAUCGCUCAGACCGUGCAGGAAGACUUGAGGACAUUUUCCUGGGCAUCUGUGACCAGUAAGAACCUUCCACCCAGUGGAGCUGUUCCAGUUACUGGGAUACCACCUCAUGUUGUUAAAGUACCCGCUUCACAGCCUCGUCCGGAGCCUAAGCCUGAAUCUCAGAUUCCACCGCAGAGGCCUCAGAGGGAUCAAAGAGUUCGAGAACAACGAAUAAAUACUCCUUCCCAAAGGGGACCCAGACCAAUCCGUGAAGCUGGUGAGCAAGGUGAUGUUGAACCCCGAAGAAUUGUGAGACACCCUGACAGUCACCAACUCUUCAUUGGCAAUCUGCCUCAUGAGGUGGACAAAUCAGAGCUUAAAGAUUUCUUUCAAAAUUAUGGGAAUGUGGUGGAACUGCGCAUCAACAGUGGUGGGAAAUUACCCAAUUUUGGUUUCGUUGUGUUUGAUGAUUCUGAGCCUGUCCAAAAGGUCCUUAGCAACAGGCCCAUCAUGUUAAGGGGUGAGGUCCGUCUGAAUGUGGAGGAGAAGAAGAAUCGAGCUGCCCGGGAAGGGGACCGGCGAGAUAACCGCCUUCGGGGACCUGGAGGCCCUCGAGGUGGGCUGGGUGGUGGCAUGAGAGGCCCUCCCCGUGGAGGCAUGGUGCAGAAACCAGGAUUUGGCGUGGGAAGGGGAAUUGCUCCAAGGCAGUGAAUUGCUCUGCUCUGAUCUUCACUCAGCAGUACAAACCCCCGCUCCUGCAGAAUGGUGAAUUUCUUCAGCCACCCUUUGGCAUCUUGCAGUAUGACCCUGGUCUCUUAUAAACUGCUUAAGUUUGUACAAUUUUACUUUUUGUGUUAAUGGUGUGUGUUCCCUCCCCUCCUCUUCCCUCCCCUCACCUUUUAGUCCUUCACUUCCAAUUUUGUGGAAUGAUAUUUUAGGAAAAAUGGAUUUUUAAAGAAGAAAAAAAAGACUGAAUUUCUUUGCUUCACUUUGCAUAUACAGACUGGAUUUUUUUUUUAAGCCAUUUCCCCAGAGGAAUGUGUCUCGCUUAUUACUGACAUUUGGUAUAUUUCAUUCAUUAGGAUAGUUCUUACUUAUUUUCUAUGUGUUUCGAAAGCCUUUGAAAAAUUCAAGAUUUGAUAGACAUUUUGAAGGCAGGAAAAACCCAAAUUGUUUCUUCUUUUGAGAGUCAUGACUACCUUCUGGUGUGGAGAAACUGCCAUUGGAAAAAUUGACAAUUCUGCUUCUCACUGGUAUGGUUAAAAACUGAAUAAAAGGUGUUAGUAAAGUUUUUUUUCUUUUGGUAUGUGAUCACAAAACAAUUCUAAAAUCUGCUUUAACCAUUGAAAUUUAAAUUGUGAAAUAGGUUUUAAAUGUCUAGAAUGCAACUGAUGUGCUUUUCUUGAAUUAUUAGGUUUUUUUUGAAGUAGAACCUGUUUUCAUGUUUUAUUUGUAUUUGUAAAAACAAACAAAAAAAGACCAACACCCCUCCCCCACAAUCUGAAUACCACAAAACCAGAGCAAAACUGUUGUGCCUUCUAUUUAUCUCUGAUUACAGUCUUGGCAAUUGUUUAAAGAAAAACAAUAAAAAAAGUCUAGAUUUGUUUUUCAGGUUCAGAGUAUGUUGGGAAUUGUGGACCCCUUCUUCACCUGCUGUCUUCUGUUUAUUUGUUAUGCCUCAUUUGAAAUUGGGUCUCAAACUGGAAUGCCUUGAGAACGGAUGCUUCUUUAGAGGUUCUUAGACCUAAAUAGUUUGGCAUUUUAUUUUGGUAUCUUUUCAGAAUUCUAAUCAGCCCACAAGAAGGAAUGUGAUUUUCAUAUUGGACUUUGCUGAUGUGCUUGAGUGUCUGCUAGUCUUUUUCCUUUAAAUCAUAGCCAUAUGAUAAAUUUUCUAUUUUGUUAAUGGUUCUCUUUUAUUGAUGGGCAUGCAGUGGGUGUUUCUUGGAAAUGGCCAAUUUUUAUUAAAAUAUUUCUGGAAGAAAAUUUGACCUGGCAAUAUAGACUAAAACUUGUUUUACAAAGUAUGUUGUUUGUUGAGUGCUGUGUGUGAUGUGGGUGAAGGUUUUGUUUACACAUUUGUGAAGCAGGCCUUUGUGUGAUAUCUUGUCAUUACUAGUUGAAGUGCAGUGAAGUUGUCAAAUUUAACUUAUUUAUUUUCUUCUUACAGUGUUCAUCUUUAGGACUGUUGUUUGAGGAUAGGAUGAUAGGAAUAGGAAUGUUUGUUUUGUUUUUCUGUUGCUGGGAAACUAGGUUUGCUGAAGGGUGUAGUCUUAAACUAAAAUGAAAUAUGAUGUUAUCAGUCAGUCCUAAGUACCUCAAAUAUUUGAAAAUUGGCAGCAUCUCCUUCAUAUAAAGAAACUUACAUAACUGAAUUGCAUGGCUGUUUUGGGGGUCAGUUUAAAUAAUUAUUUGGUGACCACUUCAUUUGGCCCAGGCCAGUGAUAAUUAGGAGAAAUUCAGGUUAUACUUCUGUAGCUUAUAUUAAGCUUUUGGUGGAAAGAAAGAAAGCUUAGCCUGAGUUAUUUUUGCAGUAACUGUAAGGUCAUAAUUUAUGGAUAACCUAGAAAUAAUUUUUAACAAGUGGAUACUAAACCAUACAUUUCAAAAUAGGAGUUCUUCCCUCGCAGAGAUUUAAGGGCACUAACUAGAUGCAGUGAUACUCUAUUUGGGGCUGUUAUAUCCUAGAGGAUAUUUGGAAGUAUGUGAGAUCGUGGUGGGUCCUGGAGGGGGGCACUGCAUCUGGCAUUUAGUGGGUGAGAGCCAGUAAGGCCACAUGUUUUGUAAAAUGAAGCAACUGCAUUGAAAACACGGAUAGUCCCUAUUCCUAUAAUGCAUGGUGGGUGGAGUGGUAGAUUAUUACAGCUGGAGUUGAAGACUCAUUCCUUUGCAGUAAAGCCUCAGAUAAAAAUAAACAAAUUAGCAAGUAGGUAUCUCUUUUAGGAAUGAUAGUCACAUCUACUGUAAGUUCUCUCAUUUUUUUUCAUUUAUACCAAUAUGUGGUUUUAAGAACAUUUUUGAGAGGUAACAGUAUGGUAAAUGCUGCUUGUAACUUGUUGCAGGGUGUUACUGCAUAAUCUCAGAAAACAAGUUUGCUUCAGUAAUUUCAGUUCAUCAGCAUUUGGGUGAUUGUGGAGUUUUGAAUAGCAUUGGAGUUUUAAAAAUAGGAUUUAGUAUUGUAUUUUUAACACUAUAAAAAUCCCAGUAUCAUUGUUGACAUUGCUGAUGGAAUAAACAUGAUACCAUACAGAUACAUAUAUUCACACAGGUAGAAAGUGAAAAUAAAAUAGGUUUAGGGCAGGAUUUUCCUAUAGGUAGUAGCUCAUCACAUUUAGCCUUUCUGGUUUUAAAAUGCACAUUUUCAUCUGUAGGAAUGGCCCAAGUAUAGUUCUUUUCUACUGAGCUUAAUGCCCUUCACUGAUGUUCUUAACUAGUAUCUUUCUAGAUACUAGGUUUAUUUGAUUCAAUGUGCAUCUUAGUCUUUUAAGACAUGUUGAAAAUAAAUAACACCUUCGGACUUAAAAAAGUUCUUGUGUUUGAUUUUAUGGUGAGGUUGGGCUUUUCCUGUGUACUCCUCUGUUCUCAACUUUUUGAGCUAUUGCUGGGGAGCAGUGAAAUGGAUAAUCCAAAGUAAUUAUUUGACUUUGAGUAGGUUACUGCCAUAGCGUUAGUUAAAUUGCACUUUAGUUUUAGGUUGGAAAACUAAUUUUCCCUACUCUCUGGAUUAGGUACUAUUUUCGCCAAAGUAAUAGAUAAAAGAGAACUGGCAUCAGAGCAGUUACGUGACUAGACCUCCAAGCUAUCCAUGUAGCAAGGAGCAGAUUGGCCUCCAAAACUGAGGCAUUUUCUCUAGAACCAAAAUGCCUACAUAUGUACUUUUGAGUGAAGUAUUAAGGUAAUAACAGAUGACCAUAUAAUUACUACAUUAUAGAGACCAGAUAUAAACCAUUGAUAGCAAGGUUUGCAUUUCUGUUCUCCAUUUCCUUUAGGGUAAACAAUAUAAGUAAACAUUGAUUUGUAUAGGGCUUCUUUCAAUUGCAGACUAUUUGGUAAUAAUAAUGACUUGUUCUUAAUUAUUUUCUUAUCUGACUUGAUAAUAACAGUGCAGUCUUGAAAGCUGGAUGUGGAUAAUAAUACUUUUAUUAGAUCAUAAUCCAGGUGAGUUUAUAGCAGUUACGUUUUGUGCUUAUUACUGCCAUCCUCUGACACUUCUCUUCCUUUAUUUGAAAACCCUUGUAGAGUUUAAUGAGUUAGUGGAAAAUGAGGCACUUUAUAGAACACAAUUUGUUAGAAUCUAAAUGGAAAUAAUCUUUCUGUGAGGUGUAAGUUUGUAGAUCAUUGUUUAUGCUGAGUGGCCUGUUUUCUUUUAUGUAAAUGGUUGCAUUUGUCAAACCUACUGAUCUAAAGAUGUCUUUUAUAUUGAAGUUUUAUUUUUGUGCUACUUAAAAAGAAUCUCUGCAGGACCUGCAUACAGGUGACCUUUUAGUCCAGCAGUUUUGAACCUAGAAAAAUAAGCAACUUCAUUUAUUUGAAUAUGAAGUUCUAGCUAACUGCCUAAUAUACUGAAAAUGGGCAUUGGAUAGUUAUGGUAGUCUUCCACAAAUGUUUAAAAACCUUAGGAAUAUGUUAGCAACUUAGCAAUGUCUUGUGUGAGAUGAGGUUAUAGAUUAAAGUUUCUGAUCAAGUAAUAGCCAUGUGGUACCAGACAAUUAUGUAAGGAUUUCUGGUUUUAAACUAGUAAUACCUUUUGGGAUUUGUAUUUGUAUACUGUGAUAUUGAAGUCUUGGGGACCAUAGGCAGGCUUGUGAACUCUUACUGGUCAAGGAAAAAUGGUGGCACAUGUGAAAUAAAACUUUUAUUUACAUUCUUUUUUGUGACUAUCUAGCUUAGGAUGCUGCUUAAAUUAGACUGCUUUGCUCGUGCUUUCAUGAAGUAGUCUCUCAUCAUGGCCUGCAUGAAUAAAGAGUUUAUUAGAGGUGGCCUAAAACCACUAGCUUUAGUUUUGAUUUAUGCUAAUGUAUGGCUUAGAAUAAAGGUUGUUCGCUUUUUGAUUAUAUGACUUGUUCUGAAAACCUUGGACAGUCUCCCCUCCUCCAAUUUCCACUUGAACCUGGUAGCCUUUUUUUUUAGUUCCCUGGAGAAGAAAAGAGUAUUGGAAGUCAGUUCCACUAUUACUUCCAUAAACCAUGUGACCUGGAAACUGCAGAAAUCUACACUGUUGUUAUAAUUAACCAUUUUGGUUACUGAAACUUUCCCCAUGCUGUGGUGUCCCCUGUUUUACUUUGGAUUUGGUUUAAAUUCUUAAAUGUUGCUGUGAAGAAUGUACAUGUAUAUUGAUUUGGCCCUUUUAAACGAAGACAUACCGAGAAGCUGGCAGAAGGAAGUAGGGAGGAGAAAAGGACCUCCUUUCUUUAAAGAUUCAGUGCACACUUAAGUAAAUUUUGUUGGACAUGUCUUGUUAAAAAUAAAUUCAUUAGGUAGCUGUUAGAUUUUGAAGAUGAGUGGGGUGGAGGUGGAACUUAGCUGUUGAUAAAGUAAUUUGUGAUUUAUAUGGACAAUAAUAAUUUUAAAUGAGAAACAAUAGAAUAUUCCCAUAAAAGUUUUCCCACUCUGAUUAUUACCACAAGAGACAGAAGAGGCUCCUAGAAUUCCUUGAAUCAUAGAAAGUUAGUACUGGAAAGGAUUAAAGUGAUUUGUGUAACCUCUUCAUUUUUCAAAGGAUAUAGGUGGCUCUGAGAAUUGAUUAUUAGUGGAGCCCCAAAUAGGCCUGUGGGAGUAACAUGGAGCACCGUCAAGGGUUACUAGUCUGCCCAGGGCUCACUAUAGCAAGCCAGAGCUGUUAAAGGUCAGGAUGCGGGAGAAAGGGGAAGGAGCCACAUUUUAUAUGCUCACUCAGUUGCUUCUAUAUAGCUCAGUUUUCAUACCUAGGUUUUGUCUCUUUUCUUAGAACUGUCUUAAUGCCCACUUUUACCAGGGCCUGUUGUCUAAGGACAUUACCAUGUGCUCCCCUCAGGGAUGGGUUUACUACUAGCUGUCAGAAAGCUAUUGGGUAUCCUAAUGUGUUAAUAGCUGAAACUCAGCUGUAAUUUUCUCAAAUCUAUCAGCAUUUUACAUUCUGUACAUUGUGGUGCUUUUCCACCUUGUAUUGUUAUAACUGUAAGCUCCUAAGGGGCAGCAAUUUGGUCUUAGGCAUGUACCCUGUUCAGUGCCUGGCAGUGCCAUGUGUGUAUCAGGGUCCUAACCUUCCUUUCCAGUGGUUUCUCCCAUUCUCCAUGGAAGUGAUGCUCCAGCCAUCCUGAACUACUCCUGGUUCCUCUCAUAAGCCAGGCAUUGUCACUCCGUGGCUUUAAGUGCCUCUUCCCUGAUGAAGAUAGACUUGCAUCUGCUUUCCCUGUCCAGAUCCCUUGCUAUUGAAGUCAUUUUUUUGAAGAUCCAGUUCAAGAACCGAUGGGUUUUUUUCUUAAGAAAGAAAAGAUUUGCAGCAGGAGUGGGGCAUCUCUGGUGGUUGAUCUGGCCAGAAUUUGAAAUGAGGAACAAAUUCAUUCUCAUCUUUACUUCUACGUUGUCCCUCCCGUUUGACAGUCCCAACCUCCAUUUAAAAAAAACUGUUCCUUGAGCACUUUACACCUUUGUCCUAACUAAACACUUAUGCCUUCGGCCUAGAAUGAGAAUGACCUGUUUUACUACAUUAUUAGACCAUAAGCUCCUCAAGGACAAGGACUGGGGGAAUUAAUUAAUCCCUGUACUCCACCAGAAGGUCUAGCUACUUAUAGGAAAGUCGUUAAAUGAUGACUCAUUGAGUUGAAUGAAUUAAUGUAUUUUUCUUUUCAUUUUCACAAGGGAGGCAUGCCUAGAGCUCGGAUUUAAUUGAAUAAAUUUUAGGCACUAUGACAUUGCAUAGUGGAGGGAGGGGAUUGUUGGGAAAUUUUGAGGGGUGGGCAGGGGAGAGAGGAAAUCGCUGGUCAUUUUGAGGAUACUUCCAUCCCUGGUCUGAGUAAUUAGUCAUUUCUUUCUGACUGCCCAGUGUAUCCCAGGAACUUGGUUUCUACUCAGAAGAAGAAUUUUAUGUGCCCGUUUUCAUUUCACAAACCUCCAUUCUUUUGGUUCAUGUCCUCACCCAUGCCCCAAGUCUAAGUUAAUCUGCUUCUCUUUUUCUUACUCCCCACAUCCAGUCAGCUAAGUCCUGUCAGUUCUACCUCAACAGUCUUUCACAUCUCUUCUCACCUGGAUAAUUUCAGUGGCCUCAGCUUCCUUGACCUCUUCUUACCCCAGCCUACCUUAUAUCCCAUGCUAGAUUCAUCUUACUGAAACAUAGCUCUAACUAUGAUCCCAUGUAUGUGUUCUAUCUCCCCUGCUAGACUGUAAGCUCCUGAUGGGCAGGAUCUGUGUCUGAGUCGUCUUUGUAUCUCCCAUAGCGCACAUAUCAAUAAAUAUUUCUUGAAUGAA